UCUUCUUCUUCUUCUUCUUCUUCUUCUCUAUUUCGCGAUUCUCAUGAGACAAUGCCCGCCGUUUCGAGGCUUCUCCAGAACACCGCCGGCUGGAUACCUCCACCUCCACCGCCGGAACAGUUCAGCGUCGACUCCGACAUCAUCGUAAUCCUCGCCGCCCUUCUCUGCGCCCUCAUCUGCGUUGUCGGCCUCGCCUUAGUCGCCCGCUGCGCCUGGCUACGCCGCUACUCCAUUCCCAGCAGCAACGGAGCUCAACCGCCUACUCCGCCAAACAAGGGGCUAAAAAAGAAGGCCCUCCGAGCUCUCCCCAAGGUCUCCUUCGAUCCGGCUUCCGCCGCCGCUGGGAAGAUCGCUGACUGCGCGAUCUGUUUGGCUGAGUUCGCCGAGGGCGACGAGAUCCGGAUCUUGCCGCAGUGCGGGCAUGGGUUCCACGCCGUGUGCGUUGACACGUGGCUGGGAUCGCACUCCUCGUGCCCGUCCUGCCGCCAGAUCCUCAUCGUCGCCGCCUCAUCCCGGUGCCGGACCUGUGGUUCCGGCUCGUCGGCGGUGGCCGAGGUAGUCGCCAAGAUCCGGGAGGACUCGAACGCCGGCAACCGGCAUUGAUAACAGACACAAGUGAAGAAGUGGGCUCUUCAUGUUGCUAACAAAAGAGCUAAAGAGACACUGAGGAGAACAGAUUAACUAUGUUUAUCAUGAAAUCAUGACCAUGAUUCACUCUUGUCUUAUUAAUCUCCCAAGCUUACAAAACCCACUUGAAUUCAAUGAACUUCACAUUCAUGUA